UCAUUAUGAAGAGAGAUCUGGUUUUUUUGGUGACUCUAAUUAGCCUUGCCUUCCUGACACUGCUAAGGUCUGGAUAUCCUCAACAUAUUGCAGAGGAGUCCUGCUCUGUUCAAAUUCUUGUUCCAGGCCUCAAAGGAGAGGCUGGAGAAAAGGGGGAGAAAGGUGCUCCAGGUCGUCCAGGAAGAGUUGGGCCACCAGGAGAAAAAGGAGAAAUGGGGGACAAAGGACAGAAAGGCAGCAUGGGACGGCAUGGAAAAAUUGGUCCUAUUGGCUCAAAAGGUGAAAAAGGAGAUAAUGGUGACAUAGGACCACCAGGUCCUAAUGGUGACCCAGGCAUCCCCUGUGAAUGCAGCCAGCUAAGGAAGGCUAUUGGUGAAAUGGAUAUCCAAGUGGCCCAGCUGACAACAGAACUAAAAUUCAUAAAAAAUGCUGUUGCUGGUGUGCGUGAGACAGAUAAUAAGAUAUAUCUGCUGGUGAAGGAAGAGAAGAGGUACAAGGAAGCCCAGCUCUACUGCCAUGGAAGAGGAGGGACGCUGAGCAUGCCCAAGGAUGAGACUGCCAACAAUCUGAUCGCCUCGUACAUCAACCAAGCCGGGCUCACCAGAGUUUUCAUUGGGAUUAAUGACCUAGAGAAAGAGGGAAAUUUUGUCUAUUCUGACCGAUCGCCCAUGCAGACCUUCAACAAAUGGCGCAGUGGGGAGCCCAACAAUGCUUAUGACGAGGAGGACUGUGUGGAGAUGGUGGCAUCUGGAGGGUGGAAUGAUGUUGCGUGUCAUAUUACCAUGUAUUUUGUGUGUGAAUUUGACAAGGAAAAUGUCUAAGCUUGUCUGCUCUUUCUUUAUUUCAAGAAAAGAUUUUA